UAUAUUUUAACCGAUAGAAGAACAUUGUUGAAAAGAGUGUAAAAUGUUAAGAGCUGGAGAAUCAUGUUCCUCAAAUUCUUCCAAUACAAAAUACCAUGUUUUCUUAAGUUAUGAUGGAAGAGAAGGUUCACACUUAAAAUUCAUUAAUCAGUUACGUGAUUCAUUAAAGCGAAAGGAAAUCGUAGCUAAUAUCCCAGAUAACAAAGAACAUGUGAUUGAAAAGUCCCUCGCUGCAAUUGUAGUAUUCUCUAAGAGCUAUGGUUCUUGUACUUUGCGUUUGGAUGAACUAGAAAAGAUUGUCGAAUCAAAAAAGGUAUUAGGAUUAGAUGUUUUUCCGAUCUUUUAUGAUGUAACUCCUUCUGAUGUUCGUUACCAGAAAAAUAGUUUCGGUGAGGCUUUUGGACAACAUAUCAUAAGUUCUGAACAACACAAAUUCAAGAUGAAGAAAUGGAUAGAUUCCUUACACCAAGUUGCUGACUUAUCUGGCUACGAAUCUAAAAAUAGGCAUGAAAAUGAUCUCAUUGAAGACAUUAUUAAAUCGGUGUGGAAAAAGGUACACCCUAAAAUGCCAUAUUAUUCGGACAAUGGACUAGUUGGAAUUGAUUAUAGAGCUAAUAAAUUGGAAUCAACUUUAAGAAUGAAAUUAAAGGAGAAGGUCCAUUUUGUAGGAAUAUGGGGCAUGGGUGGCAUAGGAAAGACAACUCUAGCUAGAGUCAUAUUUAAGAAAUUACGUAACGAAUUUGAUAUAAGCUGCUUCCUUGAAAAUGUUGGGGAGAUUUAUGGUGGAAGAGAUGGUAUAGUUAGCUUACAAAAAACACUUCUUUCUCAUAUGAAAAUAGAUUUUGAAAUUGAAGAUUUGGACGAAAGAAAUAAUAUAAUACGAGAUGUUUUUGGCAACAAUAAAGUUCUCCUUGUCAUUGAUGGUGUUGAUGACAAAAAACAACUAGAGGACUAUGCUGGAAAAAAAGAGUGGUUUGGACUUGGGAGUAGAAUCAUAAUAACUACAAGAGACAAACAUAUACUAAGAUCGUGUGGAAUAGACCAAGUUUAUAAAAUUGAAUUAUUAAAUUUGGAAGAGUCCCAUAAACUCUUCUACGAGAAAACAUUUAAUAAAGGGGAAGAACCAAGUGAACAUCAUUUGGAGUUGUCAAAGGUUAUUGUCCAAUAUAAUGAAGGCCUUCCCUUGUCCCUUUUAAGGUUGGCCUCCUUUUUUCGUGGUAGGGAAAAAUCUCAAUGGAAAGAAAUUUUGGACACGACAAAAGAAUUACAAGUGAUUGAUGAUUUUUAUGUAAUGAAGACACUUAGAAUAAGCUAUGAUGGGCUACCACUAAUUUACAAGACCUUGUUUCUUGAUAUUGCAUGUUUUUUCAAAGGGUGGGUAAAAGAUGAUGUGAUACAAAUUCUAAAAAUUUGUGACCGUUAUCGGGCAGAUGGAAUUGAAUAUCUAAUUGAUAAAUCAUUAGUAACUUAUGAUGGAUUAUAUUUGGGGAUGCAUGCUUUGCUUCAAGAAAUGGGAAGGAAAAUUGUUCUUGAAGAAUGUAUUAUAGAUGCUGCCAAACGAAGUAGAUUGUGGUCUAUUGAGGACAUUGACCAAGCACUGAAAAGUAAUAAAGCAAUUGAAUUGAUGAUUGAGACUCAGGGUAUAGUUUUGAAGCCAUCCACUCAGCCAUACAGAGCUAAUUGGGAUCCGGAAGCCUUGUCAAAAAUGAGUUAUCUUAAAUUUCUUAUUAUUAAUUUUCAUAAUAUGCAUCUUCCACUUGGCCUAAAAUGUCUUUGCACUUCAUUGAAAUUUCUUCACUGGAUGGAGUAUCCUUUAGAAGCUUUGCCACUUAGUGUGCAGCUAAAUAAACUUGUACACAUGAAAUUGCCUUACAGCAAAAUUAAAAAGAUUUGGAAAGGAAAUCAUAAUUUUGCAGAGUUGAAGUUGAUUGAUCUAAGCCAUUCAAAAGAUCUAACUCAAACUCCUAUUAUUUCUGGAGCUCCAUGUCUUGAAAGUUUGCUUCUUGAAGGGUGCACAAGCCUUGUUAAGGUUCACAAAUCUGUUGGAAAACACAAGAAGCUUGUCAUAUUGAACUUGAAAGAUUGCAUAAAUCUUCAAACCCUUCCAACAAAAUUGGAAAUGGAUUCCCUAGAGGAGUUGAUUUUUUCAGGCUGCAAAAAAGUUAAAAAGCUCCCUAAGUUUGGAAAGAAUAUGAAAUACUUAUCAAGGCUUAGUUUGGAGGAUUGCAAAAAUCUUCUUUGCAUACUAACUUUUAUUUGCAAUAUGAAAUCUCUUAAAAAGCUUAAUAUUUCUGGCUGCAUAAAAAUUUCUAGGCUGCCAUACAAUAUGAAUGAAAAUGAGUCAUUAGAAGAACUUGAUGUGAGUGGAACUGCCAUAAGAGAAAUCACUUCUUCCAAAGUUUGUUUGGAGAAUCUUAAAAAACUCAUUUGGUGGAAGGAAAGAACUAUCCAACUCCAAUAGUGUACUUCAAUGGAUCUCCAAACUAAGGAGGCAACCAAUUCCAAUGGAUUUGAAUCAUUUGAUCUUGCCUCCUCCGGCCCGAUUAUCCGGCUUGAAAAUCUUAAAUUUGAG